UUUCCACAGAAUUAUGUGCUCAGGUUAUUCAACCUUCGACUACCCACAAGUUCAUGUGCUCAGGUUCACUCUUAUAAGACUUCCGCUGUCUUACUAGUCUACCAUUCCAGUAAAGAUCAUAGGCCAACACUUUAGGUUUUCCAAGUGUUCAUACAAGCAGAUUCUAUACUUCGUCUCCUGCAAGUCCUGCAACACACCUGUGAAAUUCUUACAUGGUAUGAGAGCUAUCUGGAAUUAAGACUACUGUCAACUAUGACUGGAUCACCACCAGCAGCAUCUACUGGAUCAAGUUCUGGAACUACUGGAGUACAUGUCUCCACGACCGCCACUGGUCUCUCAGCCUCUGGACCGUUUCCACCGGCUUAUGCGAACAUCGGUAUGCAGCAGCAGCAGCAGAAUCCGCCUUCUGUCAGUACUCCAGGGGUUUCAUCGACUGCACCUGCAGCGCAACAACAACAAACACAGUCAACAGCACAACAACAGGCAACAGCACAACCACCGUUUUCAACACAGUCAAUCUCAUCGGCGUUCAGUGGAAUGAGCCUUGACGGCUCGAGUUAUAUGCGUGGAGCCACAGCUCCAAGUACUGCUUCGUUUGCUUUCUCACCUUUUGCGCAGCAGCUGCAGUCACAGUAUCAGCAGCAGUCCUUUUACAUCUUCGUGCGUCCCCCUGCUCAGCAACAGCAACAACAACAACAGCAUCAACAGCCGCAGCAAUUUCAGCAACAGCAACAACAGCAACAGCAACAACAACAACACCAAUAGCAGCAACAGCAACAACAGCAACAGCAGCAACAGCAACAGCCUCAACAUUCGGGUAUUAUUUUUCAACCGCCAAAUUUGCUUAACAGUACACAGAUCAAGACAACCAUACCUUUUAACGGAGUGGAUGUUUACUCCUGGAGUUUCGAGUUUGAGCUUCUGGCGCAGUCCGCUGGUCUAUGGCCGUUCUUCACCGGCGAAUUUACAUAUCCUAGUCGUGGGAACACAACUGGAGCAGCAGAGUUUCUUGCACGCCUGUCUCGGGGCGUAUACGGUUCUUGUUCGGAACUUGUCGCCGAAGGAGCAGCUCGGCGUCCGAUCAUUUCAUUCAAGCUUUACACCAGCUGAAACUGCAUGGAACCACUUGAAGGGGGUAUACAUGGCAAAGGAUACAAUAACAGUGAGUAAAAUACUUUCGCAGCUGACAAGUGUGCAGAUGAUGACAAACGAAAAUGUCAUGGACUACGUCAAUCGCGUCCGUACACUACGAGAUCAACUGGAAAAGAGUGGAGGAUACUUCCCUCGUGAGAUGUAUCUCACGGUCCUUCUUGCUGGCCUUGGACCCGAAUGGCGACAAACGCGCGCCUUCCUGCGCAUGAACCCGAACCUCUCCGAAGCUGGAAUUUCGUCGUAUCUUCAAGCGGAACAGCAAGAUCUUGACCUGCAGUCACAACGCAACAAACAGGGAGAUAUACAGCUCAGUUUCUAUUCAACACCAACACGACGUCCUCAAUAUUUUUGUCACAAUUGCAACAAGGGAGGACAUUCUACUGACCGGUGCUACUUUAAGAAGAUGUAUUUACCUCCUGAAGAACCGUAGCAGUCGAAAUCAUCACAGCCGCUACAACAUCCUUCGAAGCAAUCUUUGCAGCAGCCUACUCCUCCAAACACAGCAUCUGCAACAUCAACAAGACCAACGUCACUUAGUUCAGCCCCUCCAAGCACGUCAUCAAAGCCGCUCGAAAAUAAUUCAAACUCUGUCAACAAUACGGUAACCUCGAAAAAUUUCUUACCUACUUCAUCCACUCACAUAACUGGUUGCAGUUCAGAUACCGAUACUUGGUACUUGGAUAGUUGUUGUGGCCAUCACAUGGUCUCUUCAACAAAUCCUUUCAUCUACAACCGUCGUCGACUUCUUCAGCCCUGCCCAAUCACACUCGCCAAUGGUCAAACAAUUGCAGCAGAAAACAUCGGCAGUCUACUUUUGGCAUCAAUCGACACGGGAAAUUCCUUACGACUUACCAAUGUUUUACUCGUCGACAAUCUUGGCUUCAAUUUAGUGUCAACUAAUCAACUCUUGAAGAAGAAAAUCCGCACGGUUGGAAACUGCAUGACACAAGAGCAACAGUUACUAUACGACAACACAUACAUCGGAAGAGCAGAAACCAAGAAUGGCGUAUUUGUCUUACGCUUCAAAGCAGCAAAAUCUUUCAAAGAUGUCACUCUCCCUCAAGCUCCUUCAAUCAUCGCAGCAGUAGCUUUGGUAACCACUUCACCAAUGGACUUCAGCAGCAUCGAAGAAGAAAAUCAGAGUAGCAGCACCACCGCCAUCCUUGCCGACACACCUGCCAUUGAUAUCGAAGAAAAUAUUAUUCAAGAAGGCGAGGAAACUCUGCAACUCGAACCUGAAGAAUUCUUCGACGCUACAACUACUCUCGACAAGCCUUUUGACAAUUCUUCAACUACCAGUCUCCAAGAAAAAGGUUACUCAAUCUCAAGUUUUUUUCUCCCUUCAUAUUUCACCCUCCUGAUUUGUGCUUGGCUGAGUAUAGCAGCAAGCGAGCUCAGUACCACGCUGCAAACUUUCCUCUACUACAGAGCAGUCGAUUAUCACCCUACGAGCUCCAACGACUACGAGCAAGGCAUGGGCAUCAAUUGCUAUCCAACCCUUCAUCAUUGCGUUCAAGAAUGCAAUGGAGCAGAACGGUUGAGCAGUACGCUACACGAGCUACGUGAGCAGCUGCGUGCACUGCCGACUCAACAUAUUUCCCUGCCCGAACCUGCACCAUCAGAUCUGCCCGUCACUUCAUGGUCCUUUGUCAAGCAUCCGGACGAUGCCGAGCCUCCUCUCCACCACGUGCAACACUCUCGUGGUUUUGCGUUCAUCCCCUUCGACCUUGCCACGUUCAUUGGCGCAACCCCAACCACUUUCAACCCGACUCAUAUUUACUCUGCCGAAGUGAGGGGGGAAAGGAGGAUCUAAUCGCACUUCGUCAAAGCCAAAAUUCGUCAUCAGCAAGAGAAGAAAGCGAUUGGUCUACCAUUUGACCAAUGGAAUGACCGCCGACUACUUACAGCACAUGAAGUUUACACGUCACAAGAUUCCAAAUUGCAGAUUUCAUUCGCCGAACUCCAACCACGACGUGACUACAUCAAACUUCCAGGAAUGAAGUGGAGUGUUGUGGUAAAUGAAGUUUUGCAUUCCUGCAAGUUCUGUUUUUGGUGUAGUUAGCAGUAUCGAGUUUCUCGGUAAGGAAACAAGUCUGAGUGCUGACGUUAGCAAAGCAUCGUCUCAUUGAUGACAUCAGCAUACCGCUUCAGUUACGCGAUUAGGCGUAACGAGUCGUUUCAGUCACGCGAACAGUCGCGACCCUAUAGAAUGACGAAUAGGUCGCAUAGCGCGCAAUUAGCCGAACAGGUACUUUCCCUAGAGCUAU